ACAAAAAGUGUGUUUUUCAGAGAAUAUCAUAGGAUUUUUUAUUUUCUAAGAAAAAUGACUACGUGUAAAAUAUUUUAUAUUUUUGUACUUAUGAUAAAUUUUUCUACAGCAAUGGAAUAUAUGGAGUUAAAUUGCAACUUUUCUAAGUAUAUUUUGAAUUAUUUUAAGCAUAAUGAAAAGUACUUACUAAAAUUAGAAGAAGAUAAAACAAAUAUUUCAAAACGCGAUUUAAAAAUGUAUGGAAAAGCUAUACAAUCUCAUGGCGAAAUUGUAAUUGCGAUGUUAGAAGCUCUAAGAUCAGAAGAACGGGAAAAUUAUCCAUCACCUCUAAUGGAUGUAAAUUUAUACUUAAAUAACGUUUCAGGAUCUGUAGAGAUGAACUUUAAAAAUAAAAAUGGUAAAUUUGAGAAAUCAAAUAGAAAAUUAAAUUUACUAAAUGGCUUUUUAAUGAUACAUAAAGCAAUGGUAGAACGGUUGGAAAAUUGUGUGAAUAAUAUAUGUUCUGAUGUAUCAUUCGAUGAAGUAUUUACAAAUUGCCCAGACUUUAAUGAAAUGAAAGAUUAUAGAAUUAAUUUUCUCCCUAGAGUUGUAGAAAAACUAAAAAACAGAUUAUCUAAAAAUAACUUUAGACUCAAAGAUGAAAGAUUAAAUUUAAACACUAGUGAAGUAUUUAGAAUAUUAGAAAUAGCAUUGAAAAACGAUUCUCGCUGGGAUUUCCAUCCUAAAAAAUUGUUAUACUAUGAUUUAAUGAUGGGACAUCAAAUAUUUGAUGAACGAAAUCUUACUUCAGAUGUACAAUGUAGAAAAUUACCAGAAGUAAAAGAACAUAGAGCCCUUAACGUUUUAGACUAUUUUAAGUUUGCACCACUACAAUAUAAAUGUCCUGAUGAUUCUUAUUUGACACUUUUUGACAUUUUUCGUCACAUGAAAUACAAUUUUGAUUCGAAACAAUUACAAGGAUAUCAAGAGCUAGUUUUAGCUUCAACUAUUCGGCCAAUCUUAAUACUUGUCCGUAUGUAUGUUGUAUUUUUAAAGAAGAUAAUUAUUUUUUCCAAACAUUUUACGAAUAAUACAAAUAGAAAUAACCUAAAUGAAAUCUAUAACAAUAUGUCAAUAAUUGGUUCUAUAAUAAUUAAACAAAUUGAAGAUUUCAAUAAUCUAAGUCUAUUUAAAAUACAACCGAAAACCUAUUUAGAUAAUCUUUGUAAUGAUAUACGUAAUAUUCUCAAUGAAGAACGAAGUGAGUUAAUUUUAGUUAUGGUGAGUAACAUAAUGAAAUAUACGAAAUCCUUUUUUGAUAAAAAUAAAUUAAAUAAGUAUUUUGGUAUUAUUAUUGAUGUAAAAAUUACUGAUGAUAAUGUUCAUAUAUUAUAUAACGAGUUGGCGCAACUUGUCGAUGUAAAGUUAACAUACUUAUUUGAAUUAGAGAAAUACAGUGAGUCACUCAAUACAAUAAAUAAUACACGAAGUAUAAAUGACUUAUUCUUUAAAAAUAGCUCUAAAGAAUUAUUGAAAUCAGAGUCAGAUAUUAUAAAACGCUUAUGCAGCCAAAAUAUAUACAUGGAAGUAUAUAAUAUGGAGAAUCCUGAAUCUAUAGAUGAUAAAAAUACAUGCAAUAAUAAGCUAAUUGCUAAUAGUUCCUCAAAACUUAACAUUCCACUGCCAAUGUACAUGAUCGAUUAUAUACUUUAUAUUUAAUAUUCAUAUGUUAAUAUUGUUUGUAUUACUUUUACUAACCAAUCUUAUAUAUUUAUGAAAAUUAAUGUUUUUAUAAAGUUAAAUGCUAAUUUUAUUGUUUCAUUUAAUAAUUAUCUUCAUACUAUGACUCAUAAU